CCCGGCUGUGGUUGAAGCGAGCCCGGUCCGGUCAGUGCGCAGAGAGAGAGAGAGCGAGCGAUAUGAUGUUUUAGUGUGAGUGUGUGUACGAGUGUAUGAGCUUGACUUUGCUAAGAGGUGCUGUAAAUGGGUAACGCGCAGAAAAAGGGCGCGUGGACGAGUUCCGGUGUCGCGAGCCCGGCGCGCGCCAGAGCCCGCGAGGGAAAUCCCGGAAGCGCGGACGGGAAGAAGACGGCGCUCGCGAACGGCGCUCCCACUGCAGAGGCGGAAACCGGAAGCACCGGAACGCACGGGGUGAACCUCGAUGCCCCCGCCGGAGAUUUGCCCCCUGCGCUCGCGCGCCUCAAGAACGAGGGCAACAUGCUGUUUAAGAACGGGCAGUUCGGGCUCGCGCUGGAGAAGUACACCCAGGCCAUAGACGGAUACACACACUCAGGUAUCGACAGUCCUGAGGAUCUGUGUAUUCUGUACUCCAACAGAGCUGCCUGCUUUCUGAAAGAUGGGAACUGUACAGACUGCAUUCAGGACUGCACCAGUGCACUGGAGCUCCACCCCUUCUCCCUGAAGCCCCUCCUCCGCAGAGCGAUGGCCUACGAGGCGAUGGAGCGCUACAGAAAAGCCUACGUGGAUUACAAAACCGUCCUGCAGAUCGACUCCAGCGUGCAGGCGGCUCACGACAGCGUGCACAGGAUCACAAAGCAGCUGAUGGAGCAGGAUGGUCCUGACUGGAGGGAGAAGCUUCCAGAGAUUCCCAACGUUCCAAUUUCAGCACAGCAGCACCGGAAGGAUGAACCGAGCGCUGAGGUUCUCCAGGCACGAGCAGCCAGAGCCGAGCAGGAGAAGGCCAGAAAAGCUGAGGCGCGUUUCAAUGUGCUGAAGCAGGAAGGCAACGACCUGGUGAAGAGAGGAGAGUUUGUGAGAGCAGUGGAGAAAUACAGUGAGUGUAUCGCUCUCAAAUCCACCGAGUGCUCCAUCUACACCAACAGAGCGCUGUGUUUGCUGAAGCUGGAUCGGUUUGCUGAGGCGAAGCAGGACUGUGACUCUGCGCUUGAGCUGGAGCCGGACAACAAGAAAGCGUUUUACAGACGAGCGCUCGCUCACAAAGGCCUGAAGGACUUCCUGUCGUCCAGCUCUGACCUGCAGGAGGUUCUGCGUUUGGACCCGAAUGUCCGCGAGGCUGAACAGGAGCUAGAGGAGGUCACGGUUCUGCUUAGGGAGAGUCUGUUGGAGUCAAAAACUCAGGGCUGAGGAUUUACACACUGACCUUAAAGCAGAAGAACAUCUGAACAUCUGCACCCGUCUUCCAGCAGAACUAAAACCAGCUUCAGCCGAGAGACAGAAACACAUACACACACGCACACACACGCUGCUGCAUGUUCCUCCUUCCUUCAGGAGAGAGACGGAGGUGAUGGUGAUGAUGAUCAGCGCCCGGCCUGGCCACAUGUCGCUCAGCAUGAUGCUUUAAACUCCUCUUUAUCAUCUUCUUAUCGUUUUAUAUUAUUUGAUCAGCUGAAUCACGAACAUGUGGAACAUUCAGUGAAAUCAAGAACAGUGAAGAGUCAUGUCAUGUCUAUUUAACUUUUUAUUCUUUUUUUUUGUUGUUAUUGGGGUGUGGAUAAAAUUAUUUAACAGGUAGAAAAGCGGGGCUGUUUGUAUUGUUGUUUAUUUCAAACAAACGUAUUCAAACAAAUGAAAUACAAUAAAUAAUGUAUAAAUUAUUCAUAUUAAUUCCCUUAAAAAUAAGUGUAAAAUGUUUGGGAAAAAAAAAAAACACUAGAACCUCAGACUUCUGCUUAAUUGUUUAGUUUUUUUUUUUUUUUAUUGUACUUAAUUCUGAAAUUAUCAAGAAGUUAAUUUUAAUAAAAAAACACCUAAAAUGUAUCUUUAAUCUUUACUAAAAUAAAGAUUAGAUAUGUUUGUAAUGUAUUAUUUAUUGUAUUUCAUAUAAACAUUUCUGUAAAGUGAUAAUGACCGGAGCAUUGCUUUUUUUUUUUUCCUUCUUCACAAUAAAAUUAAAUCAAAUGUUAUGAUGUAAAAUAUCAGCGCAUGUCCGCAGAGGAAGAUUCGGGACGAGUCAGCCUCACACAUGGCCACAUUUUAUUUUAAUUCUUCAGUUAUUUACCUAGGAUAACUCUGAAUAUUUUAAUCAGUUUAUACAAUUAUUACAAGAGAUGUUUAUUUUAAUUUAUUCUGCUGUGCUGUUUUACUGAGGCUGAUUUACGGUGUGUUUAUUCAGCGUCAGUGAUCAGAGCGCAGUAUCUCAUCAGAGAAACAAACUCGAUGUAGAGCGAUGCCACGUAGAGCAGCACAACCUCCACAUCGCGGUCAGUGAGUUAAUGCAUCAUGGGUAAAACCCUGUGAAAACACUCGGUGCAUAAAAGGAGUCACAGCCUUAUCCCAAGUUGAAUAAUUUCUACACCAGUGUGAGAUAUGGAGCCCCCGAGUGGUGCAGUGAUAAAGUGCUCACGCUAUCAUCUGGAGAUUUUUGAUUCCCAGGUGAUGCUGUAGCCUCCCGCAGCCGGGGGCCUAGAGAGCCGAUUGGCCGCACUCUCUCACAUCAAUCACGUCUCUACAGCCAAUCAUGGCCGUCCUUGAGCUCAUGCAAGUGGAUGAACCUGAUAGCGCCUUCCUCCAAAUGUGAUACGCCCGGAUAGCGCCUUCCUCCAAAUGUGAUACGCCGCCCACAACAGUGCGUGAACGAGCAGUUCGAAAAGAUGCGGUCGGCAUCACACAUGUGGGAGCCCCCUAAUGACAGAUAGGAAUUGGAUAUGACUAAAUCGAGAGAUGUCAUGGUGGCGUCCUUACCAGGUACCCGAGCCACCUCAUUUGGCUCCUAUCUUCCAAAAGGAAGACCGGUAGAUCGAGAGCUUUACUUUUUGUCUCAACUCCCUUCGUUACAACGGUUCGGUAAAGUGAAUGCAAUUCUGUCCCCACUGCUUAUUAGAUUCUCCAGUCAACCUCACGCUCCAAUUCAUUAAGCAUCCUGAGUAGCUCAGUUUUUAUUUUUUAUUUUUUUUAUUUACACUUGAAACAUUUCUUAGAUUUACUGCUCAGAUUUCAUACCUCCCAUACUAUUGGCCAGUACAGCUGCUCCGAGCCCACUCGCCAAUCAAAGUCUGUUAAAAAAAUCGUUGCUUGACUGAGACUCGCCCGUCUGCCUGGGACUCAUUGAUAAUCUGGGACUUUUCUCUUUGGGUUUCAUCACUUGUCUGAGACUCGCUGCCCUAAGCAGCUGCAGUUUAAUAAAAAAUGCUUAUAUAAACACACUUUAAAAAACUAAUCCUCAUUAACACAUCUUAUGACUUUUUUUUCCUCCCCUAUUAAAUUACACAGAUACUAAUGCAAUAAAAAUAUGCAAGAAAUCCAUGAUGUCAUUAUUUUAAGGACCUGAGCGCAUGCUGAACAACUGUUUCUCUUCAAGGCUGCAAAAAAAAUAAAAAAAUUAUUUAUGUAAAUACAGCAGAGGAAAAAAAUUAAUAAAGCUUUCUAAAAUA